AUGUCUUAUGGUAAUGGUGAAACUGGUGGGCAUCCAAUGUAUAACCUUUGCAGUAAAAUUCAACGUUCGGACUCCCAAGUGGGAAACCUGAAUGGACACAGGAAGUCAGCAACCUUACUGGAAGUGCAAACAAACUUAAACAAUAUGCAGUACUCUUCUGUGGCACUUGAUCCUGAUUCUUUGGUGACAGAUGAAUCAAAAAUUUCAUCAAAUUCUGAAGAGGAAAACUCACAGGAUCCUGCAUUUCAGAUGAACAGUGAAUUAAUGACAGGAAAUGAGGUACGCCGGGCCUAUGCUGCUAAGUGCUUUUAUGGACCAUAUCUAACUAAAACUAGUAUGCAAGGAGAUGUAUACAACUUCCUGGAACGGCCCAGUGGAUGGAAGUGUUUUAUUUAUCACUUUGCAGUAUUUCUAUUGGUGCUGGUUUGCUUAAUUUUUAGUGUUCUGUCCACUAUAGAACAUUAUGCCGAGUUUGCCACUGGGACACUUUUUUGGAUGGAAAUUGUCUUGGUGGUCUUUUUUGGUGCUGAAUAUGUGGUGAGGCUCUGGUCUGCAGGUUGCAGAAGCAAAUACGUUGGUAUUAAAGGAAGAAUACGUUUUGCUAGGAAGCCUAUAUCAAUAAUAGAUCUCAUUGUUGUCAUAGCUUCAAUUAUUGUUCUAAGUGUGGGAUCAAAUGGACAAGUGUUUGCUACAUCUGCAAUAAGGGGAAUCCGGUUUCUCCAGAUACUUCGCAUGCUUCAUGUAGACCGACAAGGUGGGACCUGGAGGCUCUUAGGAUCAGUUGUAUUCAUACAUCGUCAGGAACUAAUAACUACAUUAUAUAUUGGAUUCUUGGGACUGAUCUUCUCAUCGUAUUUUGUCUACCUUGCUGAGAAAGAUGCAGUGGAUGAGGAAGGACAAACAGGCUUCUCCAGUUAUGCUGAUGCCCUCUGGUGGGGUGUAGUGACAGUUACAACUAUUGGGUAUGGUGACAAAGUGCCACAGACGUGGAUUGGCAAGACAAUAGCAUCCUGUUUCUCAGUGUUUGCGAUCUCUUUCUUUGCUCUUCCAGCAGGGAUCUUGGGUUCUGGCUUUGCGCUUAAAGUACAACAAAAACAACGCCAAAAACAUUUCAACAGGCAAAUACCUGCGGCAGCAUCUCUAAUUCAGACUCUGUGGAGGUGUUAUGCAGUAGAGAAAUCAUACAGCUCCACAGCUACAUGGAAGAUCUAUGUCACAUCAGCUCAAAACACAAAGAAAACAACAGUGCCAUCCAGCCCACUUCUCCGAAAACAGAGCAGAAGAUACAAGAGAAAGGGAAAACCAGGGCGUGAUAAUGGUUCCACACCUAUAAUGAAUACUGGAGAGACAGCUUUGUCAGUUCCACAGAUUACUUAUGAACACAUUGAUGAUCGAGAAGAGAAGAAAGAGCUGAACUUCUACCUUGAUGAACCUGGAGGCCGACAGCUUUCUUGGUCAUCUCUAUCUAUCUGUGCUGCAACCUGUCCUACUUCGCCAGUAAAAAAACGUUUGGAAGGAAACAGCAGUGAAAUGUCAAGGGCCAACAGUUUCACUGAAGACAUAGAUCUCAUCUCUGAAGAAGCAGCUCUGGCUGCUGUAUCUGAUGUGUCACAGUUGACAGAAGCACAUCGAAGAGCUGUCAGAGUUGUGAGGAGAAUGCAGUAUUUUGUAGCCCGAAAGAAAUUUCAGCAAGCUCGGAAGCCUUAUGAUGUUCGUGAUGUGAUUGAACAAUAUUCUCAAGGGCACCUCAAUAUGAUGGUUCGAAUAAAAGAACUCCAAAGAAGGCUGGAUCAUUCCCUGGGAAAACCUGGCCUCUUUCUUCCAGAGAAGGGGGUAGACAAAGGAUACUAUACUGUAGGAGCCAGACUGAUCCGGCUGGAGGAUAAGGUCACACAGAUUGACCAUAAGCUGAAUGACAUUCUGAAUGCUCUUCAGAUUCAAUUUGACAAGCAGUCAUUAGAGUGGACAUCACCUUCAACCACUCCUAGAGCCAGGCGGUUACGGUCUUCAUCAGAUUCUCCCUCAAUGAGCCGUAAGAUGUGAAAACAACUGAACAAUACUGCAUCAGCUUCUCGUUUUUUCAAACAUUAUUUUAGUUGGUUUGAGAUCCAAAUUUGCAGCUGAGCAAAGACAGUGAGACAAAACAACUCCUCUGCCCUUUCUUUUAAACUGGAUGCCUUUUCCAUCUGUUCCUUAUUCAUAUCGUCAAAUGGAUUCAACAAGAUGUGGCAACAUUCAGCAGGACCAGAGACAAGAAACUUGUGUGGAACAGGGAGACUUCCAUCAAGCAAUAAGAUUUGUCAACUCAGUAUGUUAGGAUGAAUGGAUGCAAUAGUUACUUUCUACAAAAAGAUAAGCCAAGGCUUUUAGUCUUGCCUGGAAGCUCCUGAUAGGGAUAUUUUCCUCUUGUUUACCAGCAAUUUGAGGAGACUAUUACCAUUCAUCAGUAAAGGAAAUAUAUUCUGUAGCUGAUCAAUGGCACUUUCAUCUGCUGAUAUACAGUAUAUUACAAGGUUGAUCCCUGGCACUGAAAAUAGGUGACAGAUAUUUGGCACAAACAAAGCUCCAGAGUCACAUAGUUUGUCUUCCAUUAGGAGGUACAAUGGGUACAAUUAUAAAGCAAGGGAACUUCUUAUGAAACUUAAGCUAAGAUUUUGCUCAAUCAUUAGUCAUUGGAAAGUUUUGAUUGUUCAGACUUGCAGAGUUUGCUUAUUUAUUUGUGUAUUCAUUUAUUUAAGGAUUGAAUGGCUGAAAUUUAGAAUCCAUAUCCUCCAGAGUAGGGACAGAGGUUGUGUGAAUCCCCCUUUAAUCUUUGUGGAAAACAGUUACUCCACAUGUUUUGAGUUUCAAGUCAGCUUUCUGUCUCAGUGCAAUCAAUAUUUACCUUUAUUUUCCUGGCCAAUAUAAGAAAUAUGCCUGUUGCCCAAGGAGGAUAAGUGGAUAACAUCCAUAAGUUGGUUUUCAACAU